CGGACAGGGCACGGAGCUGGGACCGAGGAGGCGGAGCCGGGAUGCGAGGCAGGGGAGGGCCAGGGAGGUGCAACUGUGCUGGAGGGAGGGCAGGCAGGGGACAAGCUGUGUCUUCUGAACCCCAUGCCAACUCACCACGAGCCACCGGCCACGCCCGCCCUGGCCAUGGGCUGCUCCCCACCUGGCAGUCUCUGCGCGCCCAGGUCUCCGCGGCCGGUGCGCUCCGGCGCACUUGCUUGGGGUGCCGACAGAGGGCGCGCGAGGGGGCCCGGGGACGGGCGGGGGACACGCGGGAGGCGGGAUUGGGGGGAGGGCCCUGGUUUGCCCCUCCCGCCCCCGCCCGCCCUCCUGGAGCUCCAGACUAGGAGGCCAGAGCUGCGGGUGCCCCCGGCGCGCUCGGCUUCCUCCGUGCACCGCUCCUACCUGUAGAGUCCGAGGGGCUCCCCCUCCCCAGACACCUAUUCUUUCUCCUCCGGAAACCUCCCGCCUUGCUACCCGCGUCUCGCAUAGGCGGCGCUGGGACCCCGGGACGGGGCGUCAGGCUCGCAGCUGGUGACAUGUAGACGUCCCCUCCGUGGUCCAGCCUCGGCACCUGGGCACCCUUCUGCCCGUAAAGUUUGGGGCUGGGCGCCAUGGCCAAGAGCAGCUCCCUGAAUGUCCGCGUGGUGGAGGGCCGGGCGCUACCCGCCAAGGACGUGUCUGGGAGCAGUGACCCCUACUGCAUCGUGAAGGUGGAUGACGAGGUGGUGGCCAGGACAGCAACUGUCUGGCGGAGCCUGAGCCCCUUCUGGGGGGAGGAGUACACCAUACAUGUGCCCCUGGAUUUCCACCAUCUGGCCUUCUAUGUGCUGGACGAGGAUACAGUGGGGCGCGACGACAUCAUUGGCAAGAUCUCGCUGAGCAAGGACGCAAUUGCAGCCGACCCCCGAGGUGGGCGAGGGGCAGCACCCUUCAGUUGGGCAGACGGAAUAGGGGUGGCCAUGCCCACGUUUGCAGGAAUUGAUAGCUGGAUCAACCUGAGCCGUGUGGACCCAGAUGCCGAGGUUCAGGGCGAGAUCUGCUUGGAUGUACAGAUGCUGGAGGAUGCGCGUGGCCGUUGUCUUCGCUGUCACGUGCUCCAGGCCAGGGACCUGGCCCCCCGAGAUAUCACCGGCACGUCUGACCCAUUCGCACGUGUGUUCUGGGGCAGCCAGAGCUUGGAGACUUCAACCAUCAAGAAGACCCGUUUCCCACACUGGGAUGAGGUGCUGGAGCUGCGGGAGAUGCCGGGUUCCCCAGCCCCGCUGCGGGUGGAGCUCUGGGACUGGGACAUGGUGGGCAAGAAUGACUUCUUGGGCAUGGUGGAGUUCCCCCCACAGGUCCUGCAGCAGAACGCACCCAGUGGCUGGUUCCGUCUCCUGCCCUUUCCCAGAGCCGAGGAGGAUUCUGGGGGGACCCUGGGCGCUGUGCGGCUGAAGGUGCGCCUCAUCGAGGACCGCAUCCUGCCCUCCCAGCAUUACCAGCCGCUCACGGAGCUGCUCAUGGAGUCUGUGCUGGGGCCGGCGGAGGAGGAUGCUGUCAGUCCUCUGGCGGUGCUGGAGGAGCUGACCUCGGGGGACUGCCGCCAGGACCUCGCCACCAAGCUGGUGAAGCUCUUUCUUGGCCAGGGCCUGGCUGGGUCCUUUCUGGACUAUCUCACCCGGCGGGAGGUGACCCGGACCACUGACCCCAACACCCUCUUCCGUUCUAACUCCCUGGCAUCCAAGGCAAUGGAGCAAUUUAUGAAGCUCGUGGGUAUGCCUUACCUGCACGAGGUCCUGAAGCCGGUGAUUAACCGCGUCUUCGAGGAAAAGAAGUACAUGGAGCUGGACCCGUGCAAGAUGGACCUGGGCCGCACCAGGAGAAUCUCCUUCAAGGGCGCCCCCUCAGAGGAGCACGUGCGGGACGCCAGCCUGGGGCUGCUGACGGGCUACCUGGGGCCCAUCGUGGACGCCAUCGUGGGCUCCGUGGGGCGCUGCCCGCCUGCCAUGCGCCUCGUCUUCAAGCAGCUGCGCCAGCGCGUGGAGGAGCGCUUCCCCCAGGCGGAGCACGAGGAUGUGAAGUACCUGGCCAUAAGUGGCUUUCUCUUCCUGCGUUUCUUUGCACCUGCCAUCCUCACCCCGAAGCUGUUUGACCUCCGGGACCAGCACGCAGAUCCCCAGACCAGCCGCUCGCUGCUAUUACUUGCCAAGGCUGUGCAGAGCAUCGGAAACCUGGGCCAGCAGCUGGGCCAAGGCAAGGAGCUCUGGAUGGCCCCCCUCCACCCCUUCCUGCUGCAGAGUAUCUCACGUGUGAGGCACUUCCUGGACCAGCUGGUGGAUGUGGAUGGGGAGGAGGAGGCUGGGGGCCCAGUCAGGGCCCUGGUGGCCCCCUCGGUGAUUGUUCGUGAAGGUUACCUGCUGAAGCGCAAGGAGGAGCCCGCCAGCCUGGCCACACGCUUUGCCUUCAAGAAGCGUUACUUCUGGCUCAGCGGGGAGACUCUCUCCUACUCCAAGAGUCCUGAGUGGCAGAUGCGCUCCUCCAUCCCGGUGUCGCACAUCUGCGCCGUGGAGCGCGUGGACGAGGGCGCCUUCCAGCUGCCGCACGUGAUGCAGGUGAUGACGCGGGGCGCGGCGGGAGGGCUGCACACCGCGUAUCUCCAGUGCAAGAACGUGAAUGAGCUCAACCAGUGGCUGUCGGCCCUGCGCAAGGCCAGUGCCCCCAACCCGGACAAGCUGGCCUCCUGCCACCCCGGUGCCUUCCGCAGCUCACGCUGGACCUGCUGCCUCCAGGCUGAGCGCUCAGCUGCUGGCUGCAGCCGCACACACUCGGCCGUCACCCUGGGGGACUGGAGCGACCCGCUAGAUCCCGACGCUGAGAUCCAGAUGGUGUAUCGGCAGCUGCUCCUGAGGCGGGACCAGCUCAGGAUGAAAUUCCAGGAGGAUCCCAACACAGAUUCAAGUCCAGAGGCAGAUGCAGAGAAGGACUCCGGGGCCACAGAAGGAGCCUGUCCUGAUGCCCUGGCCCGGAAGAGAGAGGCUGCUGGCCGCCUGCUGGAGGUGCUUGCAGAUCUGGACAGAGCCCACGAGGAGUUCCAGCAGCGGGAGCAGCAGAAGGCGGCCCUGGGCCCCCUCGGGCACUGAAGAGAUGCCAGGGCCAGCCUGGAAGGAGGAGGAAGGAGCCAGCAGGCCCCUCGAGGCUGUUCUGUACCUCAUUGAUGCUGUGGUAGCGUGAAGGCUUCUGGAGAUGUCCUAGUCUCGGGCAUGGAAGCCCUCUGGCAGGGGGCUGGCCUUUGUACUGGAUGAAUCUGUCUCUGGGCUGAGGCAGGUGGGAGUGGAUGGGAUAGGGAGCCUGACUCAUUCGGCUCAGCGGAAGGUCUCUGCUAAACCAGACUGGCCUCUGCCCACACCGACCAGGCCAGCCAGGUCCUGAGCUGCUGGAUACAGCUGUACGUGAAUCCCUGACACCCACGUGGCCUUGUUGCCCCAGACAGGCACUAAAGAGGCUCAGCCCUUCCUGUUUCCAUGUCUGCCAAGCCGUGUAACCUCGCUAAUCGUCCUGAACCCUGCCUUGGCCGAGAGUCCUUACCACAAGCUUCCAGAAUCAGGUCCCCUUGGGAAUAAUGGAGGCUCAGACCCUUGGAGCCUGGGAGACCUUGGGCUAGGUUCUUAACCCCUCUUGGAACCUCAGUUCAUGCUGUAUAAAAUAAGGAGGGAGUGUCUA